AUGGAGGCAUCGGAUGAAGCGGAUGGCAUGGCUGCACGCCGCAAGUUCUGCGUGCCGCUCUUCAUCCCCUCCUUGCUGCAAGGAAAGAGUACAGCAGUGGUGACGCCUAUGCUUCCAAUCUUCAUUCAGGAAGAUCUUGGGGGAAGUGUGGCCGACGUCGGGCUUGUGGCUUCAACCUAUGCCCUGGCGCAAGUGGCAACUUCGGUGCCUAUGGGCUUUGUCCUAGCCCACUUCAACCACAGGCAGUCUUCGAUGGCUGCGCUUGCUGUUUGCGUGCUGACGUCCCUUCUGGCGUGUCAAAGUUCGAGCAUCGUUCAACUGGUUCUGAUCCACACUUGCUCUUGGUUUGGAUGGCAGCUCGAGCCCGAUUGCCACGUGAUGCGCAUGAGUGGAAGUUCGCUUUUGCCUGUCACUGUGCUUGCACUUGUUGCAGCCAUUUUUGCACACAGCAAGCAGUUAGAAGAGCGAAGUGGCGACCGGCCAUCGACUGUCGUGAGCAUGAAGGUUUGUCUCGCAGCUGUUAUUGCUGCGGCCUUCGCCGCGACAGCGAUGUCACAGGACUCUCCCGCUGAGCUCCUUCGCGAACUACAGGCCCAGAAGGCCUUGUUGGAGGAGCAGCGAAAGGAGCUGAAGCAGAUGACCGAAACCCAGGAGAGCAUGGCUGGUGCCAUGGAUUCGGCUUGGCUUUGCCUUUGUGGGGCACUGGUUAUGUUUAUGCAUGCAGGAUUUGCAAUGUUGGAAACCGGCUGCUGCCGCGCAAAGAAUGCCUCGAACGUUUUGAUGAAAAAUUUAGUCAAUGUGAGCGUGGGCACAUUGGGUUGGUGGAUGUUUGGCUGGGCCCUUGCCUAUGGCUCUCAAGUCGGGUCUUUCAUUGGCACAGAUGGCUUCUUCGGCCUUGGCUUCUACACUAAAGAUGCAUCGGGCAACAUC